GAACCACGGCUUGUUCUUACGAUAGCGGGGUGUGUAUUUCAUCUGUUGUCGUGUCCCAAAUGUUUCACGUGCAGCAUUAACAAGCACGUGCGCGAGGCGAUCGGAGAGCGUGUUGAUAAUCGAUAAAUCUUCAUGGUUGGAUACCGCUGUACGGACAAGAUUUUUCCACUUACACGCCGCAACAACGACCAGUAUCACCACAGAGACGCGUUGUCCGGAGCGGUGGGCUGCGUUCAUCAUUUCGUCGGUCAAGAAAGGUUGGGCCUCUUACUGCCAGGAAAUCGCACAACAUGGAUGACCAGAGAAGCGUGAACGGCGUGACCCCGCAACGUAUCACCAGCUACGACAAGUACCUCAGCAGGACGGCUAUGAGAAGAAAACCAUCAGCUCUCCGGGAGCUCCAGAAGUAUGUUGGUUCUGAUCUGGUGUUGAUGGCCGGGGGGAUGCCCAACGGUGAACUAUUUCCUAUUGUGGAGGCGGAUCUCGUCCUCAGAGAUGGUCGGCGGUUGACAAUAAACCCUGACGAGAUGAAGAAGGCGCUUCAGUACGGUGUUACUAAAGGCAUGGCAGACAUCAUCGAUUGGUCGAGGGUGUUACAACGCCGUGUUCACCAGCCUCCGACCCUCCUUCGUGACCGCACCCCGCCGUCAGCCCCAAGCGACAUGGACAUCAUCAUGUGCAAUGGCUGCCAGGAAGCCAUUAGUAAGACUUUGGAAGCGGUUCUGAACGAAGGGGACGCAAUCUUGCUUGAGGAAGCCACCUAUCCAAACGUCAUGAGCGUGGGAUAUCCACUCGGUGCUAAAGCAGUAUCGGUUCCUAGUGAUUCAUCAGGGAUGAUACCAUCAGAACUGCGGAACAUACUAGCGACAUGGGAUACGGACAAACGUGGACCGAGGCCGAAGAUAAUGUACUGUGUUCCGACUGGAGGUAACCCGACAGGCGCCAACUGGUCACUUGACCGGAAGAAGGCAGUAUAUAGUAUUGCUCGCAAGUACGACUUCUUGAUUCUAGAGGACGACCCGUACUACUACAUUCAGUACAACAGGCCGCUGACGCCCAGUUUCCUAUCCUUGGAUGAAGACGGCCGAGUCAUCAGAUGCGAUUCAUUUUCUAAACUAAUAGCAGCUGGAGCACGGCUUGGCUUCAUCAGUGGGCCACAGCACUUCCUCCAGAAACUUGUCCUCCAUCUGGACUGUUCAGUGGCGUGCACCAACAACCUGUCUCAGACAGUCAUCAGGAAGAUAUUGGAGGACAUGGGACAUGACGGCUUCCUGCGACACGGGGAGAAACUGGCGGCCUUCUACAAGGACAGGGCGGACAAGAUGGUCGCCAUUGCCGAGAAACGCCUCGAAGGUCUGGCAGAGUGGUCUCCCCCUGACGGCGGGAUGUUCAUGUGGAUUAAACUGUUGGGGGUGAAAAGCUCCGAGCCUGUUGUCCAAAGAGUCAUCGAGAAGGGAGCAGUACUGGUUAACGGGUUUCACUUCCUGGCUCAACCAAGGGAGACGCCCUACAUUCGUGUAUCUUUCUCCUAUGCAUCAGAAAAAGAUAUGAACAAGGCAUUCACCUGGCUUGCGGAGGCACUGAAUGAAUUCCACGACGAUCAAAGGAAGAAAUGAAAGUGGCUUGACAAACACUAUAAUCAUCAUCUAAUAUAACAACUGCUUUGAUUGAUCGUUGGCCAUUUGCAACAUUGUUGUCUUCAUAAAAAAAAAGAAACGUCCAAGAUAGCGGCAAGACGUUGUACAGAGUUGCGUGGUUUAAGCGUGACGGGAUCCUAAAAUUGUGUAUCCGAAUCCUGGACACGCAUUAAUUAUGACUCUUGGUUUGUCACGAAACUUCAGUUAUCCGCAAACGUCUAAUAUCUGUACCGCUGCAGAAUUGUGUCCCGCAUAAAUCUCACAUAUUAUACAUGUAUUGUAUGAUCGGCAAGCCAGAGGUUGGUGAGAGAACUGAAUUUGAUGACUGGAGAACCUUUGAUAGUAGUCUGAGAGAACUGAUUUACUCUCUGCUUUGGCUGUUGAAGUUUUAUGUUCUUUAAUGUUGGUACCUACGGAGCGGAAGGUUUUACCAGUGCUUCCCCAUCGACAAUCCUCGCCAACAAACAGGAAAACUAACGGAAGCCAUAGAAAUCCGCCGACACAAACUUUUGACCAAAGAAGAUAAAAAAAUACGAGACAAUAUGGACAUUUGAAAAGUAAAUCAACCCAUAGAUUCAGUAAAAACCAACUCCUCUACCUGUAUCCAGUCAACUUGUUUGCAUUUCAUCCCUACUGUAAUCUGCCUUCAGAUCUGUCCCUGUUUGUUCAAACUCUCCACCUGGCCUCUUUCAGUUAUGUACCACAAUGACCUGUUCUUAUCAAUGUUGAUCUCCUGCCUGUCAAUACGUAUCAUGCAUAUAGUCCUCCCAUCACUGGGUUGUACCUACUUUAGCUUUAUAACGAUGUUAGUGUCGCAGCAUUCAAUAAACAAGAGGUUGUCGUGCAUAAA